GGAGAUACAGAUAGCGAUGUGCCGAAUGGAAGAAACUAAUUUUAUAUAGAAUAAACACAUUUGCUAACUUUUUUAUUAAAAUGAGGUGCAGUUUACCAUUAUAUUUUUAAGCAAGUACGAUAAUCAAAUCAUUAGUUCAGCCUCUGAGUCUAUAUUGUUUUUUCUAAACGUUUUUAACUACAUAAGUAAAAUGACACACAAUUCAACAACCGUUUUAAGUUCCACAACCAAACGAAGAGGUGGUCAGCAUACCAUUUGGACACGAGAAAAAAUUUACAAACUAAUUGAGCUCUAUCGUGCAUCUGAUUGUUUGUGGAAUCAUUAUUCGGAGUUAUACAAAAACAAAGGUUGUCGAAACAAAGCCAUAAAUCGCAUAUGCACAGCUCUCGAAAUUUCAAAAAUUGACUAUGGGAAAAAAGUUCACAACCUACGAAACCAGUUUAAUUCGGAAUUGAAAAAGAUUGAAGCACGCUUAGAAAAAUCGGGAGGAAAAAAAGUAGUUUCACCAAAAGAACGCCGCUGGGAGCACUUUGAGACGUUGAUGUUUUUGAAACCUUUUAUUGAACCUCGGCCUGGAUAUCAUCAACCAAAAAUCAAGCAGAAAAUGGUAAAAAGACAUAGGAUUUCAUCGUUCAACGAAAACACAGAACCUCAAAUAUCCUCUAUAGAAAACCAGCUUGAAGAUAUUAUACAGCUACAAAUAUUGAGUUGCAAGGACACAACUGACGCCAAUGCAAAAGAACAAGGAACUUGUGAAGUACAACGGAGUUCUUCAUUAAAAACUUACAGUAGUUCUCCAAGUUUCAUUCAGAGCGGAGGACAAAGUUGUGUGGCGCUAACGGAAUCUAGACAUUCAAGUAUUCGGGAUCAAUGGGAUGCAUUUGGUGAAUUAAUAGCAAAUGAGUUGCGAAAUUUAAACUCUUCAAUUUCGCGAAAAAAACUCAAACGUAAAAUUAUGCAAGUUAUGUUAGAAGUAGGUGAAGAAGAUGACAACGAGGAAAAAAGCGUCAAUUGAACUCGCCUAUAUCUAUUGAUUUCAAAAUAAAAAAAUUCAUGCAAUGAGUCUGCGUUAACAAAGAAAUAAGUUCACAGUAAAAAACACUAAACGAAUACAACAAAUUCUUUAACGAUAAUAAAAAAAUGAAUGAAAACUUCUGUCAGGAGCUUUAAAUGUGAAUCUCCUAUGAUGCUAUGUUUGGGCACCAUGACGUACGCUUCGGGAUACAUAGCAUGAAUGCAGAAAAUUAUGUUGAGCUCUCAGAUUCAGAACUGAUCAAUUUUGGAGAAGAAUAAUUUGGAGACAGUUGUUUCAACACGAUAACGCUCUCAUGCACACAGCCUUGUUCUCACAAGCUUUUUUCAGUUUAUGCAAAUGCGAAGCAAUAGAAGAAAUGUGAAGGACCUAAAAGUCUCUAUUGUUGAAGGAUGGGCUUAACUGAACCUUCGAAUGCUUAAAGUAUUAUCUCAAUUCUAGCACGGAUUUUCAAAGUUAAAAAUAAUGGGUGCUCAAGUAAAUAAUUGUAAGGAAAUAAAAACGUAGCUGUUUUUACGAUAACCGAGUUUUGAUUAUGUCUGUUUUGCUUGUUUCUUAUACCCUGAACCUAUGUAAAUGGUUAAAAAGGGUUUAAGUACCUAUAAAUAUAAUUUUAAUUGGGACUGUAAGUUAAUAUAAGUAAACGAUAAACCACUAAACUAUAAUACAAUGUAAUAGUGCUGACCAGGCUGCCCUUGGUCACUGAAUCAUUGGCCGCGAUCGUCUCGGAAGCGUAACAUGCGACUUGCCGACUGGCGUCCAACUACCUGUAAAAACGAAAUCCACGGGAAGAAUGUUGUGAAUUGUGUGUGAAUUAAGGUACAAAAAUAAUUACGAAAAGUAUUUAUGCGUAAAACGAAAAACAAUCCGGGAGUAACAUUGCGCAAGUUAGAAGCAAAAGCAUAUAAAAAAAACAAAAAAAAUUAAAAAUAAAACGACGAUUCUCGCAGCCCUGAGCCAAAAUAGAGGCAUAAAAAUACAAGUUCCAUUAUCACCAAGCGGAGACGAUCUACUAAAACAAUAAGAAAUUUAAGUAAAAAUCUUAACUACUAUUUUCUGUAGCUGCCAAUAAUUAGAUUUGAUAUUUCUAAAAUCUCGACUUUUUUAUACGAUACAGUUGUUCGCCCUAUCCUUGCAUCUGGU